CCGCUCGCAGCGGCUGAGUCUGCUGCUGCUGCUGCUGCUGCCUGGCCCCCCACCCGCCCCCUGCAUGGAGGACCCCGCCUUCCCCCACCUGGGGGAGAGCUCGCAGCCCCCGCCCCGGGCCUGCCCCCCGCGCUGCUUCUGCCCGCGGGCUGACACGGUGGCCUGCGACGGCCUGGACUUGCUCGUGUUCCCGGACAACAUCACCAGGGAGGCCCAGCACCUGUCCCUGCAGAACAACCAGCUCCAGGAGCUCCCCUACAACGAGCUGUCACGCCUCAGCGGCUUGCGGACCCUCAACCUCCACAACAACCUCAUCUCCUCCGAGGGCCUGCCCGACGAGGCCUUCGAGUCCCUCACGCAGCUGCAGCACAUCUACGUGGCCCACAACAAGCUCUCGGUGGCCCCCCAGUUCCUGCCUCGCUCCCUCCGUGUCGCGGAUCUGGCUGCCAACCAAGUGACCGAGAUCUUCCCGCUCACCUUCGGGGAGAAGCCGGCGCUGAGGUCCGUGUACCUCCACAACAACCAGCUGAGCAACGCCGGCCUGCCCCCCGACGCCUUCCGCGGCUCCGAGGCCGUCGCCACCCUCAGCCUCUCCAGCAACCGGCUCAGCUACGUGCCGCCCAGCCUGCCACCCUCGCUGGAGCGGCUCCACCUCCAGAACAAUCUCAUCUCCAAGGUGCCCCGAGGGGCCCUGAGCCGCCAGACCCACCUGCGUGAACUCUACCUCCAGCACAACCAGCUGACGGACAGUGGCCUGGAUGCCACCACCUUCAGCAAGCUGCACCGCCUCGAGUACCUGGACCUGUCCCACAACCAGCUGGCUGUGGUGCCCGCCGGCCUGCCCCGCGCCCUGGCCGUGCUGCACCUGGGCCGAAACCGCAUUCAGCGGGUGGAGGCAGCCCGGCUGCGCGGGGCGCGAGGCCUGCGCUACCUGCUGCUGCAGCACAACGAGCUGGGGGCGGCGGGGCUGCCCGCUGGGGCGCUGCGGCCACUGCGGGGCCUGCACACGCUGCACCUCUACGGGAACGGGCUGGACCGAGUGCCCCCGGCGCUGCCCCGCCGCCUGCGGGCCCUGGUGCUGCCCCACAACCGCGUGGCCGCGCUGGGCGCCCGCGACCUGGCAGCCACGCCAGGGCUGGCUGAGCUCAACCUGGCCUACAACCGCCUGAGCAGCGCCCACCUGCACCACCGGGCCUUCCGCCGGCUGCGCGCCCUGCGCAGCCUUGACCUGGCCGGCAACCAGCUGACCCGGCUGCCCGCUGGCCUGCCCGCUGGCCUGCACACCCUGCGGCUGCAGCGGAACCAGCUGCGGGCCCUCGAGCCCGAGCGGCUGGCGGGUUUGCACCAGCUGCAGGACCUCAGCCUGGCACACAACCGGCUCCGCGUGGGCGACAUCGAGCCCGGCACCUGGCACGAACUGCAGGCCCUUCAGGUCCUGGACCUGAGCCACAACGAGCUGUCCUUCGUGCCCCCCGACCUGCCCGAGGCCCUGGAGGAGCUACACCUGCAGGGCAACCGCAUCGGCCACGUGGGCCCUGAGGCCUUCCUCAGCACGCCCCGCCUGCGCGCCCUCUUCCUCAGGGCCAACAGGCUUCACAUGACCAGCAUCUCGCCCGAGGCCUUCCUGGGCCUCCAGCACCUGCGCCUCGUGGACACGACGGGUAACCCCGAGCAGGUCCUGGUCCAGCUGCCGCUAACAGCCCCACGUCGGCCACGGGCAGGGGCCUCCUGAGCCUGGAGAAGCCCAGCAGUGCAGCCCAGACCCCUGGGGCUCCGCUGGGCCAUGGACUAAGGAGACGGCACCCACCUGGGGCCUCGACCUGGCUCUCCCAGGCCUCGAGGGCUGGGCCCGCGUCACCG